UUGCCUGACUCAAAAACGUUGUUGUCAUUGAAUUAUUGAUCGAUAAAGGUAAAUCAAAUCGGAGCGAAAAUUUGUGGUGGAUGCCAUUAAAUUAUUCAUCGAGCGUAAGCGCUUACUAAUCACUCCCGUCCCUGAUCCACUCGUCUUCUUUCAUCCACUUCCCCCACCAUAAUCCUCGCCGAUGAAAACAGAGAUGCUGUAACAAUCAGCUGAACAUAUUCUAUAAUUUUAAUUCUGAAUUCAAAAAGGAAAAAAAUGAUACCCAGACGCGUCAACAGGGUGAUGUUUCCUACCACGAAUUGAAAAACCCCUGUUUCGGUGAUGGCCGUCGUCAUUCAGCGACCCUUACUGGAAUCAGCAGAAUCUAUGGAGGACGAGCCAACCAUUCCUGCCACUUCUCUGUGGAGCCAAUUAUGCUUGUUUAAAACCCAGACUGUGGAAGCAUACAAGAAAAAGCCAAUUACUUAUUGGAUUCUUCUUGUUCUCAGCAUCUUAGCGAUGCUCAUAGCAUUUCCCGCUUCCAGCAUUCUGUCUCGUGUUUAUUACUCCAAUGGCGGCAAGAGUAAGUGGAUCAUUUCUUGGGUUGCUGUUGCAGGAUGGCCAUUAACUGCUUUAAUGUUAUUCCCUACAUACUUUGCCUGCAAAACUUUCCCUACUCCUCUGAACUUCAAACUCACUCUGUCUUACACUUUGCUGGGAUUCUUAAGUGCUGCUGAUAACCUCAUGUAUGCUUAUGCCUAUGCAUACCUCCCUGCAUCUACAGCUUCGCUUGUAGCAUCAUCAUCCCUUGUGUUUUCUGUACUUUUUGGCUAUGUUCUUGUGAAGAACAAGCUCAAUGCCUCAAUCAUAAAUGCCGUUGUGGUUAUAACUGCUGGAAUGACCAUCAUAGCCUUGGAUUCAAGUUCAGACCGAUAUGGUAACAUCACCGACAGCCAAUACAUCAUGGGAUUCAUUUGGGACAUUCUGGGAUCUGCUCUUCAUGGGCUCAUUUUCGCACUCUCAGAACUGGUCUUUAUCAAGUUACUGCAGAGAAGAUCCUUCCAUGUUGUGCUAGAGCAGCAAGUCAUGGUCUCUCUAUUUGCCUUUGUGUUUACCACUAUUGGGGUCAUAGUGAAUGGUGAUUUUCAAGAGAUGGCAACAGAAGCAAGAUCUUUUAAAGGCGGUAAAACCGCGUAUUAUCUCGUUCUCAUUUGGAGCGCGAUCACUUUUCAGUUGGGAGUGCUAGGUGGUACUGCUGUGCUUUUCUUAGCUUCUACUGUGCUAGCUGGUGUGCUUAAUGCAAUAAGAACACCCAUCACAAGCAUUGCCGCUGUUAUACUGUUGCAUGAUCCAAUGAGUGGUUUCAAGAUCCUCUCUCUAGUUAUCACCUUCUGGGGAUUCGGCUCAUAUAUAUAUGGAAGUUCUAUGUCUGAGAAAUCAGCGUGACAUGUUCCUAGAUUUUACUCUCCUCUAUCCUCCAGAGGCUCUCAAGUAAAUUCAUAUCAUAAAAUUAAGAAACAUGUAGGCAUGCUAAAUGUAAAUCUGUUCUGUUCAAUAAUAAUUCCUUUUUCAUGUCUCUCUAUUGAUGCAGAUCCAGCUCUAAUCUUUGUGCACACGCACGCAUGUGUGAAGAUUUAACAUUCGAGAUAAGACUCGUUGCUAAAUUUGUAAUAUAUUGCAAUUUAUAAUUAUGUCUUAGAUUGAAUGUAUUUUUCAUUUUCAUCUAAGAGGAAUGGAGAACAGAGUUUCCCAAGGAUUGAAGGUGGUCCACUUUUAAAAUUCAAGUUGAAUAUUGUAUA